AUGACUCUGAAAGUUGAAGGUGAUCCAGCUUAUGGCAGUGUGUCUGGAGCUCCGUUCACAGAUGUGGAGGGCUCAGAGUCAGUCCCACUCCUCACCCCAGGUCCUCCACCUCCUCCUCCAGCCCACCGGCGUGUAUGGAAGCCACUGAGCAGAGAGGAGCUGGAGAGGUGCGCUGGAGGGACGCAGUGGAGGAGAUUUCGCCGCCGACUGGUGCUCUGCUUCUGGAUCUGCUGGAUGCUGCUGCUGGGCGCUGCGGUGUUGAUAGUGAUCAAGAGCCCACGGGCCACAACUCGUGUACUGCACUGGUGGCAGAGGGAUCUGAUCUACCGCCUGCAGCCCAUGCUCUUUUUGGAUGCAGAACGACAGCAGGACAGCCGGAUCAACAGAGUGUGUGAGCGUCUGCCGUAUCUGAAGUCUGUGGGUGCUGGAGCAGUGAUUCUGGAGGGGCUGUUUGGGAACAGAAGCUCCUCAACUAACCUGACAGAGAUCGACCAAACUCUGGGCACACUUCCACAAGUCACACAGCUCAUCACGGAAAGCCGGAAAGCAGGUGUGAGAGUGAUCCUGGAUCUUUGUGAGCUGGAUCUGUUUGAGCAAAAGUCAAAUAAUGACACUGCAGUUUGGUCCGGUGCGUCUGAGAGCAUUCAGUACUCAUUAAGGUAUUGGCUGUAUCACGGUGUAUCAGGAUUUGGAAUUUGUGAUACAGACGCAGCUUUCUCAGCAAAGACCCUAAUGGAGUGGAAAGUGCUGAUGCAGGAGUUCAGCUCACAAGAUGAUGAAAGAAUAUUGAUGGUGAGGCAAACAGGCAACACUCUUCCGGUGCUCAAUGUGUCCAGCAUUACUGGUUCAUUAGUAGAGCUAGUAACGAAGUCCCUGAUCCCCCAAUCGCACCAUCUGCUGACUGCCGCUGAGGUGGCAGAGGCUAUAGAGGUCAGUCUGCAGUCGCCACAGAGAGACUGGCCAAGCUGGACUGUUGGUGGAGGAGUACCAAUGGAGCUGAAUAGAGCCAUUCUCCUUCUCAUCAUGACUUUACCUGGAACACCCAUCAUUAAAUAUGGAGAAGAGCUCAGUCCAGCUCAGGGUGUGAACCGGCUGAAUCAACCUCUAGCCCUUUUCCAUUCCCUGAGUCAGUCACGUGCCCGUGAGGAGGCUCUUCACUUUGGCAGAUUCACCUUUCUAUCCUUCAAUACAAGCCUGUCACCAUCACCUGGCCUCAAUGCUACGGACACACCUCUGUUAGCUUACCUGCGCUCCUGGGGCUGCGUUCACUUCCUCGUGCUGUUUAAUUUGGGACCUGAACCUCACACCAUGGACCCAGACUGGGCACCCAGUCUACCUGAAGGCGGAGUGUUUGUAUCCAGCACAGGUCUUGACCGAUUCGGCCCCGUGUCUCUUAACACAAUCAGAAUGCAACCACAUGAGGCAAUUGUCAUCAAACUGUUUGAAUCUGACAGAUCUUCCUGA